AUGUCAGAAAGUGAUCUUGGCCCAGCCUUAGAGAAGGGGCUUUGGGCCGCGGUGGCCAUUGCUGCCGUGAUCGUCAUUUUACGAGUAUUCGGCAAAGUCAAGAUUAGUCGGUUUGGCGUCGAUGAUGGCCUGAUGAUUUUCGCUGAGAUUCUGGCAAUCGUAUCAACAGUCUUCUUGACCUUGUCAGUUAAGCAUGGAUUCGGCAAGAAUCUCGACACAAUACCACCAAAUGACAAGAAAGACGUCUUGAAGUACAUCGCAAUCCAAGUGCCGAUCGUCACCAUCAGCACCACCAUCGCCCGCUCCGCGUUCAUUCUCUAUAUCCUCCCCCUCCUCGGAACCAACAGGUACUACCAGGCCGCACUUUGGACUGUUUUGGUGAUACAAUUCGCCGGGAACAUUGCCUCGGCCGUGCUGCCACUUAGCAUCUGUCGUGAUGUAGCUGCGCUAUGGGAUCCAAUAGUAGCAAGUACGACAACCUGCGGCGACUCGGAUGCAGUCAUCAAAUUCGCCUACUACUCCAAUACAUUCAACUCAGCCACCGAUCUGUUUUUGGCCGUCUUCCCAACAGUCGUGUUCUGGAACUUGAAUCUGAAACUACGAAUCAAGCUCAGUUUGAUCGUUCUCCUCAGUUUGGGUAUAGUUGCAAUGGUCGCAUCCAUCAUCAAGACAACCAAACUCGACUCCGUACCCAGCAUCACGAAUACCGGAGCGGGCGGCGGCAUCGAACUGAUCCGCUGGGGAUACAUCGAAAAUGUCAUCAUCAUCAUCACUUCCUCGAUCCCCUGUAUCCGCCCAUUGGUCAUCUCCUCCGUGCGAAAGCUCUCCAGCGCAAAAUACACCCGCUCGUACGAACUCGGCAUGCCCUUCAGUGGACGCAAGUCAGCUACUGCCCCAAACGAGACGAAUCGUUCGCGCCGCACGCGCAGGUUCAAGUCUGACGUGGAGAAUAAUAAUAGCGUCGAUCACAUUCUGGAUCAUAAUCAGAGCGCACAUACUAGUACGUCUAUAGGAGGCGCGCCUGAUUCUCCUACUUUCUCUGCUCCCGGUAUCACGAAGCAGGUGGAGAUUUCGGUCAUCUCAGAUACUAGGCAGCCUGUGCAAGAUCAUAUGAGGAAUCUCUCAUCGGGGAGUUAG